UCUGGGUGUGUGUAUAUAUAUACUCACUUUGCUCUGUUCGAUAAUCCAUAGUUGUUUCUCUGUGUCAUUGCUGAUUGCUCGCUGCUAAACUCCUAGCAUUCAACAGGUAUUAUCCUCAUCAUGGCUCCAGCAGCAGCAGGGGAUUCAAUUAAUCCAAGGGAUGUUUGCAUUGUUGGUGUUGCCCGUACUCCAAUGGGUGGCUUUCUUGGCUCUCUUUCUUCGGUAUCUGCAACCAAGCUUGGAUCAAUUGCCAUUGAGAGCGCUCUUAAGAGAGCAAGUGUUGAUCCAUCACUAGUCCAAGAAGUUUUCUUUGGGAAUGUACUCAGUGCAAAUUUGGGACAGGCCCCUGCAAGGCAGGCGGCAUUAGGUGCAGGGAUACCCAACACAGUGAUCUGCACAACUGUUAACAAAGUCUGUGCAUCGGGGAUGAAAGCGACUAUGCUUGCAGCACAAAGUAUCCAGUUGGGCAUUAAUGAUGUUGUUGUGGCUGGUGGCAUGGAAAGCAUGUCCAAUGUACCUAAAUACCUGGCAGAAGCAAGGAAGGGAUCUCGACUUGGACAUGAUUCUGUCGUUGAUGGAAUGCUGAAAGAUGGACUCUGGGAUGUUUAUAAUGAUUAUGGCAUGGGAGUUUGUGCUGAAUUAUGUGCCGAACAACAUGGAGUAACCAGAGAGGAGCAGGAUAAUUAUGCCGUUCAAAGCUUUGAGCGUGGCAUUGCUGCUCAGAAUGUUGAUGCUUUUAAAUGGGAGAUUGCUCCAGUUGAAGUCUCUGGAGGAAGAGGAAAACCAUCUACAAUUGUUGACAAGGAUGAAGGUCUAGGAAAGUUUGAUGCUGCAAAAUUGAGGAAGCUUAGACCAAGUUUCAAGGAAACUGGCGGUUCUGUGACAGCUGGCAAUGCUUCUAGCAUAAGUGAUGGUGCUGCUGCUCUAGUCUUAGUAAGUGGAGAGAAAGCUCUUAAGCUUGGUCUACUAGUGAUUGCAAGGAUCACGGGAUAUGCGGAUGCUGCUCAGGCACCAGAAUUGUUUACAACUGCUCCAGCCAUUGCCAUUCCGAAAGCUAUAUCAAACUCUGGCCUAGAAUCUUCUCAAAUUGAUUUUUAUGAAAUCAACGAGGCUUUUGCGGUUGUGGCUCUUGCAAACCAGAAGCUACUGGGACUUGAUCCAGAGAAAGUCAAUGUACACGGAGGAGCUGUUUCCCUGGGGCAUCCUCUAGGUUGCAGUGGAGCACGUAUCUUGGUCACACUUUUGGGGGUAUUGAAGCGGAAGAAUGGGAAAUACGGAGUUGGUGGUGUUUGCAAUGGAGGAGGAGGUGCUUCCGCCCUUGUUGUACAGCUCUUUUAACCUUCUUCUGUUUUGCUAUUUUCUAGAGUGUGGGCCUUAAGAUCGAAGUAGAUCAUCUCUGCUGCUGGCUACUUUCACGAGAAUAAACAUCGUAUGAAGUAGAUUAUCAGUACCAUCUUCGAAUCUAGAUUGAUUCAUAUUUUUCUAUCCAUUAUCUGCCACUUUAUCUUCCCUUUUCUUCUUCUCUCUCUCUGUUUUUUUUUUUUUUUUUUUUUUUAGAACCAAUAAAUGAAAGUGUAUUGCUCUUUAUAUAGUAGAAGAGAAUAUUUAUUCCAA